CACGGCGAAGAAGACCAGAGCAGCAGCCACCGCUCCACGGAGCGAAGCGGUUCAACACACGAGGGGCGCGCGGAGUUUUCCUUUCACGAAGCCUUCGCCCUGGCGGUGCGACACAGGAAGGCCAGUGGUGCCAAUAGCUAGAUGACCAUAUCCAUGCCUCAGCUUGUACAGAGACAACUCGUGCAGACUUUCACACUUUUAAUUUCGAUCCCUGGUUCAAACUUCCUUCUGCUGCCCAGACAAGACACUUCCACCCUCUGCCGUGACGUUUGCGAUGUCUUGGGCGACAAAGCGCGAACAAAAGAUUCGUCCAGCACGCCCGCUUCAUUCUCACGCUAUUGUCAGUUGGGAACAAAGCCUGCGCAGGAGCAUCAAAAGUCGCAAUUCUUCAUGCCUUUGGGCAACCAACUACCCUCUCCGCCGUCGCGCCUCACCAUGUGUCGGGACAAUUCGAGUCAUAUGAUCUGCGGACUAGAUGUCCAUCGCCUCCUCGCCGACAGUGAGCCCGCGACACACGCUCGUCUGCCAUUCUGCGACGGGACGCGCGGCACCAUUCUGAUCAGUCUCCUAUCAACCUCGAUGGAUCGUCGCCUCUUACAUCUGGAGAGAUCCACGUCUACUCGCCUGCCUUUCUCGCACGAGCACGAUGCCUUCCUCAAAAGGGUCUGGCGAGAGUGCAAUUUGCAUCAUGAAGGUCUGGAGGCCUCCCUUGCCAUUCAAGCAACGUGGGUCAACCUCGUCCUCAAGCUAGCCACGGCCAGCGUCCAGUCGGGCGCAUCAUCGCGCGUCAGCGAGAGGACUAUACGUGCCUGGCGCGCAGAGCCGGCAAAGGCAUACCGCUGGCUUCGCGAACAGCGCGCCCGCAGCGACGACGACGCCGUGACGGUGACGAGCUGGACGAACAACCCCAGAGACUUGACCGACAACCACAAAUCCAUUCUACGGCAGCACAUCGCUCGCGGGGACGAUGGGCAAGGCGGACAUCCCAAGGCACACGCUUACAUCCAACGGGUCGCUGAUACACUCGUACACAAUGCGCUCAACAAGUCGCUCGGCGAGAUAGAGGCGGCCUCCAAAGGAAACAUGGACGGGAGCCAGGAAGAUGCUGCUCUCCAGCGGGCUGUCAUGGACGAGGUAUAUGGGGAGGUGAAGAAACGGCGGAACAGGUAUAGGCAGGCGUAGACUGGAAUCACGAGCGUAGACUAGGCUCACACGUACAAUUUUCGCGGUUGAGUUGAGAUUGCGUGUCGGAGAAUGGCUUCCACAUCAAUCCCGAGACCUCAUUCUGUUUCUGAGUACCCUGUGCCAUUGGCGGAGACCAGACCGAGCCAGCGUCAAAAGAAUUCCUCAUGUCAUCAGCUUCAUUGUCCAAGAAAUGUCAAUUAUCAUGCAGUAUCUUCCAUUUCUCCUCUCAUUUCUCCUCAUCUACCAGGCGUUCCCGGCCACUUGGCCCUUGUGCUCUCGAUCCUCCCC